GCGGCCCUCGACGUCAUGUCGCACACCACGCGACACUUCGGAGACAAGAUGGCGGCGGCGGCGGCGGUGUCGGUGUCCGAUCCGUGAGAUCAGAUCGGUUAGAAAGGAAAAGAUAGAGAGAAAGAAAGAGAGAACGGAUGAAGCAUGGCCUGGCAGGAGGUAGAAGUGCUGCCGACUGCCUUCGCCACGGUCAUGUGAAGAGUGCGUGUGAGCGACCGGGAUGGACAAGUGUAAGCACGUGGGUCGACUGAGGCUCGCACAGGACCACUCGAUCCUGAACCCACAGAAAUGGCACUGUGUGGACUGCAACACCACCGAGUCGGUGUGGGCGUGCCUCAGCUGCUCGCACGUGGCCUGCGGACGCUACAUCGAGGAGCAUGCGCUUCAGCACUUCAAGGAGCAACGCCACCCUCUGGCCUUGGAGGUGAAUGAACUGUACGUGUUCUGCUACCUGUGUGACGACUAUGUGUUGAACGACAACGCGACAGGUGACCUGAAGCUGCUGCGUGGCACUCUGGGCGCCAUCAAGAGCCAGCGCUAUGAGGUGACGACACGCAGCGGUCGAACCCUGCGUUCCGGAGCGGCGCAGCUGGAGCACGGAAACGCGCAGGAGCUGCAGCUGCGUGGCGAAGACCGCAUGUUUACAGCACUGUGGCACCGGCGCAGAGCGCUCAUGAGCCGGGCAUUCCGCACCUGGUUCGGCCACACGGAGCGUGGCAGGAGGUUCCUGGAGGAGGAGCGGCUGCGCGAGGAGGAGGAGGAACGCCGAAGGGAGGCGCGCGAGAGGAGACGGACGCUGAAACGGCAGCUCCAGGAAGAGCUUGAGAGCGCACCACCGCGGAAAAGCAGCCGCAUCCGGAAGCAAAGCCAAAAAGCAGUAGCUGCCGCAUCCUUAAGGGACAGGAAACGGAUCCGACACAAUCCGCCUGGCUCCUCGAAUGUUAGGACUCGAAAAGACAAAGCACCUCAGAGACGGUCGGCCGCCUCAGCCAAGACCAAUCAGACUCCGGUUUCGCCUGCCAAAACUGGCGACUCCCCCAUUAAGAGGCGGCCCACGGUUACGCCAGGCGUGACCGGUUUAAGGAAUCUCGGCAACACCUGCUACAUGAACUCAAUACUGCAGGUUCUGAGUCACCUACACGUGUUUCGGGAAUGUUUUCUUAGACUGGAUCUGAACCAGGCCCUGGAGCUGCUGGCGUCUGCCGUUAGCCGAAAGCUGGGGCUCUCGGUUCAGCAUGGCACUCAGCCCAAAGCCCCAGGUCAGGGGUCGGGACUUAGCGGUGGAGCCUCACGCUCACGCAACAUGGAGCUAAUCCAACCCAAAGAGCCCAGCUCCAAGCACAUCUCCCUCUGUCAUGAGCUACACACACUCUUCCAGGUGAUGUGGUCAGGAAAGUGGGCUCUCGUGUCUCCGUUUGCGAUGCUGCACUCAGUGUGGCAGUUGAUCCCUGCGUUUCGAGGCUACGCUCAGCAGGAUGCGCAGGAGUUCCUCUGUGAGCUCCUAGACAAAGUGCAACGUGAGCUUGAGCGAACCGGGACCCUCACACCAGCCACUGUACCAGCCAACCAGAGACGCCUGAUCAAACAGGUGCUCAGUGUGGUCAAUACCAUCUUUCAUGGGCAGCUCCUGAGCCAGGUGAGGUGUUUGGCAUGUGAUCAUCGCUCCAACACAGUGGAGCCGUUCUGGGAUCUGUCGUUAGAGUUCCCCGAACGUUACCACAACAACAGUAAGGAUGCCGCGCAGGUGCCUUGUAGGUUGACAGAGAUGCUGGCCAAGUUUACAGAGACUGAGGCUUUAGAAGGAGCCAUUUACGCCUGUGACCACUGCAACAAUAAACGCAGACGGUUCUGCUCCAAGCAAGUGGUCCUGACAGAAGCUCAGAAGCAGCUGGUGGUCUACAAACUGCCUCAUGUCUUACGGCUACACCUGAAACGGUUCAGGUGGUCCGGUCGUAAUCACAGGGAGAAGAUCGGCGUCCACGUCAAGUUCAAGCAGGAGCUGAACAUGGAGCCAUACUGCUGCAAAGAAUCUGCCUCCAACACAUCACUCCACCAUCAACACUUUCUCUACCAGCUCUCUGCUGUCGUCAUGCACCACGGGAAGGGCUUCGGCUCAGGGCAUUACACCGCCUUCUGUUACAACACCGAAGGAGGAUUUUGGGUGCACUGUAACGACUCGAAGCUGAGUGUGUGCGCAGUGGAGGAGGUGUGCAAGGCACAGGCCUACAUUCUGUUCUACACCCAGAGGAACUCUCAGGACAAAGGCAAAGCCAGCAACCUUUGACCCGUACUUAGCAGCCAGAGACAUUGUAUUGUAUACUCAUGUCGAUAUGGGUUACAGCCGAGUCUGUGUGUUUAUCUGACACUGCAUGAGCGUGACUCACACUCAUGCCUUACACAGAUGGCGGGCAGUAGGCACUCUUGCUGUGUGUGUGUAUGUGUGUGUGUGUGUGUAUAUGUCUGUGUGUGUGUGUGUGUGUGCGCGUUUGUGUGUAAAAGAGAUCAGUCCUGGCCAGAAGCAUUAAUGUGGCUCUGUAUAAAAAGGAGGGAUUUUAUCAUUUCUCAGUUUGGAUGCCCACAAACCAAAGUAGAAAAACAAACCUGAAUGUUGACUGUUCCCUGAUUUUACCCUUAAAAAGGGACGGAUGACACGACUGUGAUUUCAUAGUAAUAGUACGUUGUGUGUGUGUGGGAGUGUAUGAGUGAGUGUGUAAAUCAGGUUUUUUGUUUUUUUUAUCUUUUUUUUAAGUUCACUUCAAAGUGCCCUGUUGAUUUUUUUCCUCAAGGUUAAGUUUCUUAAGGCUCUUCUAGUGUUCCCAGCUCCUUUAGGAACGUGAUUUGAACAAUUCAGGAUUUUGUUCUGUUUGUUUAGACUUUCCCGAAUGUACUUUUAUAUGCUGAAUAUUUGGUUAAAACAAGAUUCCUUUUUUAUUUUUGUAAAAAAGUAGAUGAAAGAAAAAAAACAAUGUUCUCACCAGCGAACACAACACACACAUGCUGUAUGUACAGUAUCCACCUGUGCGUGCGCAUCACAGAGAGUGCGUCUGUGCACACGAGAGUGUGUUCAGAGCGGAUUGGACUCAUACUGUGACUGUAUUGUGGUUAACACAUUCUCCGUGUAGGUGUGUGUUUGUUAGAACUGAGGUAAUCUUGUCGUUACUUCACACACACACACUUGAAUCUGCCUCUUUCCGGUCGGUUCCAGUUUGAGUUGCUGCACUCUUCAGCAGGUAUAGAUGUAAAACUAUGCAAAUUGUUACCUCAAUUUAUAGAGACAGUUACCUCAAUAAAUGAGACUAUUUUUGCAUUUUUCUAAAAUAUCA